AUGCUACAGCCAAAAGUGUUAACAUCGGUUCUGAGUCAAGCCAAUACGGGAGGGGUUGAAAAUACGAUAUUACUCACACACGAAGGAGCAUUAUUAGCAUUUUCCGGAUUUGGUGACCGAGAUGCAACGGUAACGGCGGCAAUCGCAAGCAACAUUUGGUCCGUGUACGAAAAAAAUGGCCGAAACGCGUUUCGGGAAGAUAGGCUUCAGUACGUAUUUCUUCAGUGUGAGAAUGGUAACGUCGUCAUCACGCAGGUUGCCAACCUUCUGCUCUGCCUGUAUGCCCGGGACAACGUGGGACUCGGUAUACUGAAGGAGAAAGCACAAGCGCUUGCAACGUAUCUGGAGGGCCCACUGAAGGAGAUUGCUACGUCAUAG